CUUUCUACUGAAGUAAAGUCAAUGAUGCUUCGCACACAGGCAGGAAGUCAAGCAAUAAAGCCAAUCAGAAUUACGUUUUUUAUUCAUGCAAAAAAAAUUGUUUUACAUGAUCUCAUGUGCGGCUGCCACGUUUCAUUUGCCUGCUGUGUAAUCUCGCCAACUUUGUCCAGUUUAAGAUAUGGCAUCUGAAUGCUGUGUCAGUGUCACCAAAUACUUCCUCUUUCUCUUCAACUUGGUUUUCUUUCUCUUAGGAUCCCUCCUCUUAGCUUCGGGACUAUGGAUGCUAUUAUCAGACAUCAGCGAUAUAAAAACUUUCGUAGGUCCUAUUCUUCAAUAUAUAUCCAUCUCUCUUCUCUCCUACCUGCUGAUCGUCAGUGGCUCUGUAACCAUGUCUUUGGGCUUUUUUGGAUGUCUGGGUUCUCUGAAGACUGUCAAAUUCUUGCUGGCAACUUAUUUCAUCCUGUUGACGGUUCUGCUCGCAGCUCAGAUAGUGGGUGGUGUUCUUUUCUACACUAUGAAGAGCGAGCUGUCAAAUUCACUAGAGAAAGAAAUGGAUCUAAUACAGUCAAUUGGAAAGAAUGAUUCCAGUUUUAAAGAGACCAUGGAUUACAUCCAGAAGCAAGGAAAAUGCUGUGGUUGGGAGGGAAAAGCUGACUGGGGAGACUCUAUACCCUGUUCCUGCUAUAAUGAAACUAACACCAACGAUGCAACAAAUGAAACCAAAGAAAUAUGUGCCAAGUGUUUCCCACAUUCUUCAAAUACUCCACAAUUAACCUGCAUGAUUAAUAAUGAGAAAGGUUGCAAGGACUAUAUAGAGAACUGGCUGAAUGCCAAUCUUCACUUCAUUUUGGUGGUUAUUUUGGCCAUUUCUGUGGUGGAGAUAUGUGGUAUGAUCCUUUCGAUGUCUCUGUAUAAAGAGGGUUCAGUGAAUUACAGAAACAUCUUACUCUGAGAAGAGCAGGAUCUCUGAGGAGGAAAAGUCAAAAAUUCAUAAUCAGUGUUUCUCAAAUUUGGUCUUUGCUUAUUUUUUUGUUGUUGAUGUGUUUUUAAUUAUAUUUUUCUGUACAGUUUUUGAUUGGUUAAUGUGCAUUUUGCUCCUGGCUUGUUCAGUUUUCCUUGUAAUUCAGGCUUUUACUUCAGUAAAAUAAUUUCAACCUGUUCAUGCUAUGCUUAAUUGAUAUAUACUUUCCUUUCUUGAGUUUUGUAACAUGUGGAUGUGAUUGAGCGUUUUCUCAUUUGUUCAGGUUAGCCCCUGGGUCAGAAAAGACUGGGAACAUUUGGGUGGGACAGUGUAAUAUUUCACUAUUGUUGAGCACACAAAAGCAAAUGACCUCAAUAAUGUGGUGAUGUGUGAGAGAUACUGUUCUCAUGAA